UCAGGUGUAUUGGGAGCACCAUUUGUGUCUGAAGAAGAAGCAAAUGAGUUUAUACAACUUAAGAGACAAACACUAUAUUCUCAGAAUUAUUGGGAUCCAAGCAACAGCCAGAAUGCAUGGGGUUACACUCUGGCUGAACAGGUUAGAGAAUCAUGGACAGCUUUGAGAACCACAACACAGUACUACAUGGACUUGGGAUCUUUUGCCUUUGAUCCUGCCACUGCCCGGGACCACAUUAGGUCUUACAUGGAUAUGCUACAGCAAUCGGGGGCUCACCUCCAGCAGCAGAUAAGAAAACACAACUAA